UAGAAAGACAGUAUAGUCUAUGCUCUUUGAGACUUAUAGAAUUCAUUGAAUCGGAGGAGCACCAGAAACAUAAGUAGUAUAAUGAAAUUAACUCUAGUAAUUUUAGCCUGUUUGGCAGUAGCGGUCCACUCGAUCCCCGUCGAGAAGGAUGUCAAAAUAGCUGAUAAGACACUUUUGGAGAAGCAAAAAUUCUUCUUCGAGAUGCUUCGUCAUGUUGGUGAGCCCUUGAUGCUAGAUGAAUACAUGAAGCACGGUGAGAAGCUGAUUUUCGAUGAAUCAAAAUAUACGAUGAUCGAUGAAUAUAUGAAAAUGUUCUAUGAAAACUACAAGAUGGGUGAACUUUUGGCCCAAGAUGAUUUCUUCAGUGUUGUGAAUAAGCAUCACAUCAAACAAGCCACAGGACUCUUCCACUUCUUCUUGAAUGCCAAGGACUGGGAAACAUUGGUUGACAAUAUUGUCUGGGCCCGCAUGAACUGCAACCAGGGAAUGUUCGUUUUCGCCUUGAACAUGGCCGUGAUCCACCGUGCCGAUUUGGCUGGAAUUAUGCUACCAACCAUCUAUGAGAUCUUCCCACAGAUGUUCUUCAAUGGCAAACUUAUCAUGCAAGCUGAGAAAUUCGACUGGGAAUUGUGGAACAAACAGAUCAUGUACGAGAAGCAAUGGCUGUCGAUCUUCGAGAAGAAACACGCCAAGAACAUGCACGACAAACAAUACCACAUGAAGGACUUUAAGAUGUGGCAAUGGUGGAAAUUGAUGGGUCUUGACCAAGACUGGCAUUUGGAAGAAAAGUGCAUUCUCCGCGAAGACAUGGAAGCCAUGAAGAACGACCCCAAAUGGAUGGAAUGGAUGAAUGAAAUGAAGAUGGUCUGGAUGCCUGUUGACUACAGCCGUGACAUUGAGAUCAUGAACGAAGAAUCCAAAUUGGCUUACCUCACUGAAGAUUUGGGCUGGAACGCAUACUGGUACUACUUGAACAUGGACUAUUCGAUGAUUUUGGACAGCAACCAGAUCCCUCUGAAGAAGGACCGUCGUGGUGAAUGGUGGUUGUACAAUGUCCAACAGAUCUUGGCCCGUUACUACAUGGAACGUUUGUCACAUGGAAUGGGAGAGAUCAGUGAACUCUCAUGGCAUGGAGCUAUUCAGAUGGGCUAUGAUCCUAAAUUGAUUGCCUACAAUGGUAUUGGCUUCACAAUGCGUAAGAACUACUGGGAAAUUGAAUCUCACAUGAACGAGGAGAUGCUUCAAAAAAUCAUGAACAUGGAACGUCGCAUCAUUGAUGCUCUAGAAUACGGAAAAAUUAAGACAUUGGACGGAGAGAGCAUUGAUCUGAUGAAGCCUGAAUCCAUUGAAAUUGUUGGAAACAUGUUGCAAGGAAACAUGGAAAUGAUCGACCGUUCCUUCUUCGGCCAUUGGUUGAAACUCGCCAGCAUGUACCUGGCUGGUGAAGAUUACGAGGCUAUGACUGUGAUGCCAAAUGCCAUGAUGAACUACGAAACAAUGUUGCGUGACCCACUCUACUACCAACUUUUGAAGAAGGCCAUGGUUAUGCUGAAGAGCUACAAGAAAAUGAUUCCAUCAUACAAACAUGACGAUCUUCUGAUGCAAGGAGUCACCAUUCAGGACGUGAAAGUUGACAAGAUGAUGACCUACUUCGAUUUAGUGGAUACCGAUGUCACCAAUCUCAUGAACCACAACCAGAUCUACGAGAACGGCAAGAUGACCUGGGACAAGACUCUAUUGGCUCGUCAAAUGCGUUUGAACCACAAACCAUACACUGUUGAGAUGAUGGUUAAGGCUGACCAAGCUCAAAAGGUUGUCAUCCGCACCUUCUUGGCUCCAGAAUUCGAUGAAUUUGGCCGCACAAUCGACUUGAUGAAACACCGUGAGAACAUCAUGGAAAUCGAUGCCUUCACCUACGACCUGGUUAUGGGUGAGAACAUGAUCAAACGAUCAUCCAUGGACUACGUGUGGACCAGCAAGGACCGUACCACCUUCGCUGAACUUUACAAAAUGGUUAUGAUGGCCAGCGAAGACAAAACCAAACUUCGUUUGGACGUUUCUCAACCUCACUGUGCCUUCCCAGCUCGCUUGGUCUUGCCACGUGGUUGGGUCAAGGGUAUGCCAAUGAAGAUGAUCGUUAUGAUCAGCCCCUACAAGAUGGACCAAGAACAACACAUGACAUACGACCACAGUUACUUGUGCGGUAUUGGAUCAGGAGCUCGUUUCGUUGAUAACAUGCCAUUCGGUUAUCCAUUCGACAGGAAGAUCGAGAACAUGAGGGACAUGGUUGUGCCAAACAUGUUCUGGAAGGACGUGAAGAUCUACCACAUGGACAAAUUUGAGAAAUACGAACACAAAUACGAAAAUUUCGGAACCUUUGACUACCAUCUGGCGUAGAGUUUGUCAUUUUAGAUGCAUAACGCGUAGAAUUAAUGUAUGUAUGUGUUUUGAUGGGCAAUAAGUGACAUUUUAUGUGUCAUCUAGCUCGUCAAUGAUUAGUAGCUUUCAAAGAUUCUCGUUGUUAAUAAAAUAGAACUCUAAAUAAAUUGCGUAUAGUUAACGAAAAAUAAA